AUGAGUGAUUCCAUUGCUCAUAAAACAAAAGAAGAAGUGGCUUCAUCAGUGCAAGAAGAAUUUGAUAAACGUUUUCCUAAAGAUCAAGCACCGGAAAUUCAAACUCAUGAAGUUCAAGUGAAACCAACAAUGGAAAAGCCUUAUGACCUAAAGAAUUUCACCAUUGCUAAACCACCCAAGUACAAUGUGGACCCGGACCCUAAUUGGAUGUGGCGAGAUGGCAUGAAGUUGAACAAGGUAUGCCAGAUGAAGACUCUUCGAAGAGGAAGGUGGAACAAGGUAUGCUCAGGGAGUAGCUCUUCUAGGAGAAAUGUUCCUACUUGUACAAAUUGUGGAAAACAUCAUUCUGGAUUUUGCCGUUUACCUUCUAAAAAGGGGUGCUUUAAUUGUGGCCAACCGGGUCACAUUAGCCGAGAUUGUAAAGUUGCUCCAAGGAAGCCUACUGUGUGCUUUAAUUGUUUCAACGAAGGGCACAUGAAAAGUGCUUGCCCAUUGUUGUCGGAGGAGGAAAGACAAACGGAGGUAAGAACAGUGAAUGAGAAGAAGGUAGCAAAAAAAUUAGGAACUCCUAAGGGAAGAUCAUUCCAAAUCUCAGUGGCCCAAGCAAAGGCAACACCCGAUGUGGUUUCAGGUACCUUUCUUGUUUAUGAUACUCCCGCUAAAGUUUUAUUUGAUUCGGGAGCAAACCGUUCCUUUGUAGCCACCCGAUUCACUAAAUGUAUUCAUUUACAAUUAUCUUUCCUUGAAUCCCCUUUGUUAGUGGAAGUAGCGGGGGACCAAACUUAUGUGAUUAAGAAUGUGUAUCUAGAUUGUAAAUUGACUAUAAAUUUUGAAAACUUUAAAGCCAACCUUAUUCCUAUGAGUUUAGGAGAAUUCGAUGUGAUUUUGGGAAUGGAUUGGCUCGGUCAACAUAAGGCAAAGAUUUGUUGUAUUGAUAAAAGUGUUCAUUUUAAGGCUCCUAACGGUAAAGAUAUGAUCAUAUAUGGUGAAAGGAAUCAAGAUUCGUUACCGUUGUGUACUUAUGCCCGAGCUUCUCGACUUAUUUCUCGUGGAUGUAAAGGCUUUCUUGCUCAUGUUGUUGAUCCUAUUAAGGAAUCUAAAUCCUUAUCCGAAAUUCCGGUUGUCAAUGAAUUUGUUGAUGUUUUUCCCGUUGUCAAUCUAAAUCCUUUCUUGCUCGUCGAGUUAUUUUGA